AUGGCGACCACCAACGCCCUCGACAACCUCCUCUCCGACGCCGUCUCGCUCUUUACAGCGGCGACUUCAGUCCUCGCACCCGUAUACACAGAAGUAGCCUCAGAUGUGAACUCAAUCCUCUCCGAAGCAGCGACCCGCACAAGCUCGCCCACACCCACCAGCACAUCACGGUCCUCCAGCAGUACACUCGCAACAUCAACCUCAUCAAGCUCAAGUACAACCUCAAGCUCCGCGACAUCCACCUCUCCCACCGCCGCAGCAGCAAGCACCUCCGCAGCAGCAGCAGCAGCGACCUCCAGCGGCCCCAACAAACUCGCUAUCAUCCUCGGCUCCGUCUUGGGCGCAUUACUCCUCCUGACCCUCCUCGCCCUCCUCUGGUUUUGCCUUCGCCGCCGCCGAAGGCGACGAACAGCAGGCUCGCAGAUCACGUCCGCUUCGACCUCCGCCUCCGUAGAAGCAUGGCGCGCGAACGCGGAAGCCGCGCAACCGCAGUAUCCGCUCCUGCACGAUCACCACGACCACAUCGGCCCUGCGCCCCCACCAGUAAUGGUCGCCGCACCGCAGAUGACGCAGAUGAAGGGCCCCACGGUAUCCGACCACCCCGUCUUCGCGCCCUCGCGGAGAACGAGCCCGCCGCAGCGGAGGGUCAGUCCGCCAGAAGAGACGUUCAACACGUGGCACCCCGCCGUGCACGCCAACCCCUUCGCGCCUGUCCCACCGCCGCCUCGACGAGGCUCGGAUAGCCCGCUGCGGAACUCCAGCCCCUUCCGCACCGCCACCACCGCCGGCGGCCCAACCAACUUCUCCCAGCCAAGCGCCUACGCCGCAUACGCGAACCCGAACGCCGACUACUCCGAAGCAGAAGACUACUUCCCGCCCCAGCCUCCGCCGCAGCCGCAGCCGCAGUAUCUCGUCUCGCCCAUCGAGAGAGACAACACCGUGAGCCCCAACCUCAACGACGUCUUUAUCCCGGGCACCGUGCCGCUCGUGCCCGGCGCAGGCGGCCGCAACCGCGACAUCAGCGCGCACACGGACGAAUACGACAACGGCGGGCCGAGCGAGCUGCACGGGAUAGGCCAGCCGAGCGAACUGCACGGCACCAGCUCGCCGAUGGCUUCGGGUGGGCUUUACGCUACCAGCAGCCCCGCGGACCAGGGCAGCGGGCUCAGCGGCACAGGCCGCAGGCGGAGCAGCCCCAACAUCGCCACCGCCGCCGCCGCAGCCGGCGUCGCAGCCGCAGGCCUCUCAGGCGCAGAAACUCGCACCGCCGCAGACCGCGACUCCUACGGCAGAGACUUCGACGAGCAGCGGCCCAGCUUCGAUGAACAGGGGAGACGGUUCAGCGUCCCGCGCAAGCCCCUCCCGCCCCUCACGACCUCCGCGCCAGCGCCCGCACACCUCUCCCGCGACGCCUCCGGCGGCUCAGACGACACGCUGAUCGUCGAGCGUCCGCACCCGCUGCGGAGGGAUAGCACGCCGCCCGAGGUGCCAAGCCGCAGCCCACGCAGAACGCGGUUCAGCGACGUCAUGGAGUACGAUGACGGGACGAGGAAGAGCCUUAGCGAUCUGAGGGGAGAGAUCGAGGAGGAGGAACGGGAGGAGAGACGGGGGAGGGGCAGCAGGGGAAGUGGCGGGAGUGGAAACUGGGCUUUUGGGAGGGCGUACUAG